AUGAACCCAACACGUUCCCGCAGUGCGCCAGAUAUAAAUAGGUGCCAACACAUCUUUACAUUUCCUCAAACCAACAGAGAUCACAUCACACAACACACGACGCAAAAACUUCUGAAACUUAGCGUCUGUAGGCACAGAGAGCUUCUGAAGAUGAGCGUGGAGAUCCUGGACGGGAGGACGGUGCAGAGCUUCGUAGAGGACGAGGGCGCCUUCAACGACUCCGUCGACGGCCGCUUCGCUGCGCUCGACGCCGACCACGACGGCCUCCUCUCCUACCCCGAGAUGGCCCGGGAGAUCAUGAGCCUCCGGGUCCUCGAGAAGCACUUCGGGAUCGACGAGGCCGGUGCCGUUGGUCCCGACGAGCUCGCAAAGCUCUACCGCGGUCUGUUCGCGCGCUUUGACCGUGACGGCAACGGCGCGGUGGACCGGCAAGAGUUCCGGGCGGAGAUGAAGGAGGUCAUGCUCGCCGUGGCCAACGGGCUCGGAUUCAUGCCAGUGCAGAUGGUGGUCGAGGAGGGGAGCUUUCUCAAGGUGGCCGUGGACCGGGAGCUGGCCAGAGCUGCCUGA